CAUUUUGAAGCCGGGAGGAGGACCAGAUCUGCAGAAGGGGAGAACGAUUGGCCGCUAUUCGUCAAACUAGGGAGCGCUGAGCUGAGAGCAUGGCUCACUCUAAGUCCCGAGCCACCGAUGGCAAGAUCACGUACCCCCCGGGGGUCAAGGAGAUCUCCGACAAAAUCUCCAAGGAGGAGAUGGUGCGCAGGCUCAAGAUGGUGGUGAAGACCUUCAUGGACAUGGACCAGGACUCGGAGGAGGAGAAGGAGCUGUACCUCAACCUGGCGCUGCACCUGGCCUCCGACUUCUUCCUCAAGCACCCGGACAAGGACGUGAGGCUGCUGGUGGCCUGCUGCCUGGCCGACAUCUUCCGAAUCUACGCCCCCGAGGCGCCCUACACCUCGCCCGACAAGCUCAAGGAUAUAUUUAUGUUCAUUACUCGGCAGCUAAAAGGACUGGAGGACACAAAAAGUGCCCAGUUCAACAGAUACUUUUACUUACUUGAGAACAUAGCCUGGGUGAAGUCCUACAACAUCUGCUUCGAGCUGGAGGACAGCAAUGAGAUCUUCACUCAGCUGUACAGAACGCUUUUCCAAGUGAUCAACAACGGUCACAACCAGAAGGUGCACAUGCACAUGGUGGACCUGAUGAGCUCCAUUAUCUGUGAGGGGGACACUGUGUCACAGGAGCUGCUGGACACUGUCCUGGUCAACCUGGUCCCAGCGCACAAGAACUUGAACAAGCAGGCUUACGACCUGGCCAAGGCCCUGCUGAAGAGGACAGCCCAGGCUAUCGAGCCAUACAUUACCAACUUCUUUAACCAGGUGCUGAUGCUGGGGAAGACGUCGGUGAGCGACCUGUCGGAGCACGUCUUCGACCUCAUCCUGGAGCUCUACAACAUCGACAGCCACCUGCUGCUGUCCGUGCUCCCCCAGCUGGAGUUCAAGCUCAAGAGUAACGACAACGACGAGCGCCUGCAGGUCGUCAAGCUUCUUGCGAAAAUGUUCGGGGCGAAGGAUUCAGAGCUGGCAGCGCAGAACAAACCGCUCUGGCAGUGUUAUCUGGGAAGGUUCAAUGACAUCCAUGUUCCCAUCCGAUUGGAGUGUGUGAAAUUUGCCAGCCACUGCCUCAUGAACCACCCUGACUUGGCCAAAGACCUCACAGAGUACCUGAAAGUGAGGUCGCAUGACCCAGAGGAGGCCAUCCGGCACGACGUGAUCGUGUCCAUUGUGACGGCCGCUAAGAAGGACCUGUCCCUCGUCAACGAUCAACUGCUGAACUUCGUCAGGGAGAGGACGUUAGACAAGAGGUGGAGGGUUCGUAAGGAGGCGAUGAUGGGCCUGGCCCAGAUCUACAAGAAGUACUCGCUGCAGGGGGAGGCUGGGAAAGAGGCCACCAAGCAGAUCUCCUGGAUCAAAGACAAACUGCUCCACAUCUACUACCAGAACAGCAUAGAUGACAGGUUGCUUGUCGAGCGGAUCUUUGCUCAGUACAUGGUUCCCCACAACCUGGAAACUGCUGAAAGGAUGAAGUGUCUGUAUUACCUGUAUGCAACGUUAGACCUUAACGCUGUGAAAGCUCUGAAUGAAAUGUGGAAGUGUCAGAACAUGCUGCGGCACCAUGUGAAGGACCUGCUGGACCUGGUCAAACAGCCCAAAUCGGAGGCCUGCAGCAAGGCGGUGUUUUCCAAGGUCAUGGUGAUCACAAGAAACCUGCCGGAUCCCGGCAAGGCCCAGGACUUUGUGAAGAAGCUGGCCCAGGUCCUAGAGGAGGACGAGAAAAUCCGAAAACAGCUGGAGACCCUGGUCAGCCCGGCCUGUUCCUGCAAGCAGGCGGAGGGCUGCGUGAGAGAGAUCACGAAAAAACUGGGAAGUCCCAAACAGCCCAGUAACCCGUUCCUGGAGAUGGUGAAGUUCCUGCUGGAGAGGAUCGCCCCCGUGCACAUCGACACAGAGUCCAUCAGUGCCCUCAUCAAGCAGGUGAACAAGUCCAUAGACGGCACAGCAGACGAUGAGGAUGAAGGCGUUCCUACUGAGCAGGCCAUUCGAGCUGGCCUCGAGCUGCUGAAGGUCCUGUCCUUCACCCACCCGGUGUCGUUCCACUCGGCCGAGACCUUCGAGUCCCUGCUGGGCUGCCUGAAGAUGGACGACGAGAAGGUGGCCGAGGCGGCGCUCCAGAUCUUCAAAAACACCGGCAGCAAGAUGGAGGAGAGCUUCCCGCACAUCAAAUCGGUCCUGCUGCCGGUACUGCAGCACAAGGCAAAGAAGGGCCCACCUCGCCAGGCAAAGUAUGCAAUCCACUGUAUCCACGCCAUGUUCUCCAACCGAGACACACAGUUUGCACAGAUAUUCGAGCCCCUUCAUAAAAGCUUGGACCCGGCCAACCCAGACCAGCUGAUCACGCCGCUCACCACCCUGGGCCACCUGGCCAUGCUGGCGCCGGAGCAGUUUGCAGCCCCUCUCAAGUCCUUAGUGGCCAAUUUCAUCGUCAAGGACCUGCUCAUGAACGACCGGCUUCCUGGUAAGAAGACAACCAAGCUGUGGGUCCCAGAUGAUGAGGUGUCUCCGGAAACUCUGGCGAAGAUCCAGGGCAUCAAGCUGAUGGUGAGGUGGCUGCUGGGGGUGAAGAACAACCUGAGCAAGUCGGGAAACUCCACCCUGCGGAUGCUGACGGCCAUCCUGAACAGUGAUGGCGAUCUGACGGAGCAGGGCAAGAUUGGGAAGCCGGAAAUGUCACGACUGCGGCUGGCUGCGGGGUGUGCCGUGCUGAGACUGGCCCAGGAACCCUGCUACCACGAGAUCAUCACCCUGGAACAGUACCAGCUCUGUGCCCUGGUCAUUAAUGACGAGUGCUACCAGGUGCGGCAGGCCUUUGCUCAGAAGCUGCACAAAGGCCUGUGCCGGCUGCGGCUGCCGCUGGAGUACCUGGCCAUCUUCGCCCUGUGCGCCAAAGACCCCAUGAAGGAGCGCCGCGCGCACGCCCGCCAGUGCCUGGUCAAGAAUAUCAACAUCCGCAGGGAGUACCUGAAGCAGCACGCGUCCGUCAGCGACAAGCUGCUCUCCCUCCUACCGGAAUACGUGGUGCCGUACACGAUCCACCUGCUCGUCCACGACCCCGAUUACGUCAAGGUGCAGGACAUCGAGCAGCUGAAGGACAUCAAAGAGUCUUUGUGGUUUGUUUUAGAAAUCCUGAUGGCAAAAAAUGAGAACAACAGCCAUGCCUUCAUUAGGAAAAUGGUGGAGAACAUAAAACAGACUAAGGACGGCCAGGCGCCCAACGACCCCAAGAUAAACGAGAAACUGUACACAGUAUGCGAUGUAGCCAUGAACAUCAUCAUUUCCAAGAGUACCACCUACAGCCUGGAGUCCCCCAAAGACCCCGUCCUGCCCGCCCGCUACUUCACUCAGCCUGACAAGAAUUUCAGCAAUACGAAAAAUUAUCUCCCUCCAGAAAUGAAAUCCUUUUUCACUCCAGGAAAGCCCAAAGCUGCCAAUGUCCUGGGGGCGGUGAACAAGCCCCUCUCCACAGCAGGGAAGCAGCUCCAGACCAAGUCAUCCCGCAUGGAGACCAUCAGCAACGCCAGCAGCAACUCCAACCCCAGCUCCCCCGGCCGCAGCAAAGGAAGGAUGGACAGCACGGAGAUAGAUCACAGUGAGAACGAGGCCAUCACCAUCAUGAAGAGCUCUCCCAUGCCAGGGAAGAAGAACGACAAGAGGGACGACUCUGACGUGCUGAGGGACGGCGAUAAGCCGAGAGGGCGGAAACGGGGCGCGGCAUCCAGUCAGGACGAGGACUCCGGCCAGGACCCCAAGCCCAAACGCGGCCGCAAGAAGGCAGCCAACACCAGCGCCGGCGACGGCGAGGACCAGUGGGCCGAGGAGACGCGCAUCGACGACAUCUCCAUGGAGACGGAGGACGAGCAGAACAGCCCGCCCAAAAAGGGCCGCAGGGGCCGCCCGCCCAAGACGGCCACGCCCAAGGAGGAAACGCCCGGCAAGGGGAGGAGGGGCCGAAAGAAGGCGGUCCCGCCCCCUGAAGAGGAGGCGAACGAAGAGGAGGAGGAGGAAGACCGCGACAGCGAGAACAUGGAGGUGAAACCCAAAGGGGGGAGGCAGGCCAAGACCCCCAGGAGGUCACAACAGUCCUCCAGGGUAGAAACCACAGAGACUGCAGAUGAAUCAGUUGAAUCAACUCCCCAGAAAAGAAGAGGGAGGCCACCCAAAGCAGCUCAGCAGCCAGCCAAGAAAAAUGUGUAA